AUGGAGUUGGACAUGUCACCACGGCACUCGCCCGGCGGCUCAUUGCACUUGCUUUCGCCGUCUCACGCUCAUCCAUCGGCAGUUGAUAGCUUCCACGCCAUCCGCCAAAUACGACGCUCGCUUUCGCGUUCGCCGUCCAAACCAUCGAGGUACAUGCUCUACAGUCACCCGGGCGCCCUCUCACUCUCCACACAACCGGCGCCUGCGCCACGAUCGCCCUCGAACCUCAGCCGGACGGUCAGCGCAGACAACGCCAACUACCCUCAAUCCAAAUCACCACCAAAAGGCCAUCGCUCAGUAUUGUCGCGCACCCGGACGCGACGGGGUUCUCCAAACAGCCCUCUCCGACGAGCGCUCAGUGAAAAUUCGAAUUCGACCAACACACUACCCAAGGCCAAUCUUCGUGGUACUGUCGGCGAGCAUGAUCAGGAGAACAUGGAUUGCUCCGAUGAUGCCACGAAGAACGUGCUGGAGUCCCCCACAGAUGCGCCUGCGAAAGCAGAUCUUUCAUCAUACACGCCCGUCGCACUGUUCCAAUCUACCCGACGAGAAUUGAAUGCCUCGAUGAAGUCUAGUCCGCUGAAACGAAGUGACGGUGUGAUGAAUCUGGAAACGGCAGGAUUGGGAAGUCCUCGGAGCUCGAAGCGGAGAAGUCUGCACUCACCGAGCGCGACCGACUUCAACAUCUUUGAGAAUGUCGAUGGUGCGCAAGGGACCUCGGUGGAACAUGAAGAUCGAGACAACUCUAUGCCUCCGCCGAGCUCACCAGUUCGUCGCCCGCACAGUCUUAGAAGGUCUACUCUCCAACAGCGGACAGGACCUAUCCGUCGGACACCAAAUUUGGAUGCUGCGCGUGAUGCCACCUCCAGCCCGGCAGCGACGCGCACUCGUGCACGUUUCUCGCUCGACGGCGCACUUCCUCUGCGCGGUACAGACUCCGAAACCCCCUUCCGAAAAAGCAUAGGCAGUGUACCUUCGGGGCUUUUCCAACCCGCAUCGAUAUGCCAAGCCACGCCCAAACCUCAUCCUCUCUCCAAAACUUUGACCCCUUCGUCAUCGUCGUCUAGCGUCAUGGAUGGCGAGACACCAGCCACACAGGUGCGCGCGCCUGCUCUCGAACCGACAAAGGUCAUGGGCAAGCCGCCUGUACCUGCGCCAUCGUUCUCAAAAUCGCUACCACUCGGUGUUAUGCGACCUCCGGAACCUGGCCUGACCGCAUCGCAAGAUGAGUUCGCUACGCCGGCGACGUUCAAAAUGGCAAAGCCAUUACCACAGGCAUUCAUGUCGACAGGUCUGAUCUCGAAGCGAAAUCGAAACGUUGACAUUCCUCCGGCUGCACUAUUUUCAAGCAUUAACAUGCCUGACACGCCCUCCAAGAAAGCUCACCCUCUUCACCUCUCCGAUACCCCGUCCACCGCUGGCUUAUUGAAGGGUUCCAAGGUCUUGCAUGAUUUUGACAGCCCGAGCACUCCAUUCCAUGGUCGUCGCACGAUCGGUGCUUCCGACACGCUCAGCAAAGGCAUGAGCAUCUUCGGAGCGCGUGUGAACGUGCCCCAAUUACACCGGAGCGCCAGCUUCGUGAGCACCGAUGGCGAGGAAAUUGGCAAUUCGCCUCUCAUGAGCCUUGGAGGUCAAUUCAACGCCGACGACUUGCCACCCACACCUACCAAGUCCAAUUCGACAACUGCGGUGCCUAUUGUCAAGGGCAAAAGCACUAGUCUACGGAGUAGUCUUUUCGGAAGGAGGACCUCCAUGGGACCUGAAACCUUUUCAGCACCCAGCCCACCUACUCCUGUACCUCGCUUGGACCGCAACGAUACCCGCUCUCCUCAGACGCCUCAAGAAUCCUUUACUCCUCCCGACCCAAGCAAUCUCUCGAUCUCGAUGGGUCAUCGCGCAUCGCUGUUCAACAGCCACAGUUUUCCUCCAGCGACACCUACCGGUCCACGCACCGACGCCUUCAACGUCAGCAUCGGACCAGGAAUCAGCACGUCAUCAAACUACUUCCCGCAUGAGGUCGACACGUCAAUGGCGAAUCGGUUCGGCGUUGUCGCUUGCAUCGGCGCGGGGGAGUUUUCACAAGUGUACAAGGUUGAGAACCCCAUCUCCAACCCGAGCAGUUUUGGCUCCAGUACGAUGCCCAAUCGAUCUGUCUGGGCGGUCAAGAAAUCCCGCCGCCCCUACACUGGCGUACGAGACCGACAGCGCAAGAUGCAAGAAGUGGAAACCCUUCGAGCCCUCCAAGGUCAUGAGCAUAUCGUCGAGCUGGUUGAUGAAUGGGAAUUCAAGAACCACCUCUACAUUCAAAUGGCAUUUUGCGAAAACGGUAACCUGAAGGAUUUCCUCCUCGAAGCUGGGUUCAAGGGUCGUCUCGAUGACUUCCGCAUCUGGAAGAUUCUCCUGGAGCUCAGUCAGGGUAUCCAGGCGAUCCACGAUGCCAACUUCGUCCAUCUCGACAUCAAGCCCGCCAAUGUCUUCAUCGAUUGGGAGGGGGUGUUGAAGAUUGGUGACUUUGGACUUGCCACCGUCUUGCCGGCCCCGUCAGGGCACGAUGGUGAAGGUGACCGCGAAUACAUCAGCCCAGAAGCCCUUUCCGGUCAAUUCGACAAGCCUUCGGACAUCUUCUCACUGGGGAUGGUGCUGCUGGAGAUUGCCGGCAACAUCGUCCUCCCUGAUAACGGUUCCUCCUGGCAACGUCUCCGCGCCGGAGAUCUGAGCGAUUUGCCCAGUCUCACCUGCAACCCCGAAGGCUCCCUCCCUCGCGAUGACUCCGGCGACCCCGUCGUCCCACCUUCUCAGUCCACCACCGCCACCUCCCUCGACGAAGAUGACGACGACGAUCUCAGCUUCCUCCGCCCUUCCACCCGCCCUGCCGCCGCUGUCCCCUCGGCUUCCUCAUCCUACCGCUUGCACGACCUCCUCACUCCUCCGUCCUUCAUGGUGGACCCUCACGACUCCAACUCGCUCGAUCACAUCAUCCCCUGGAUGCUUCACCCGGACCCUUCUCUCCGCCCGACCAUCUCCGCAGUGCGCAAUGUUGCGGGAGUAGCCUGGGUCGAAGGCCGACGACGGGCAGGUGCGACGGUCUACGAGGGUGUCUGGGGACCCGGAGAGGAGGUGUUGCGAACGAGCGGUCAAUUCGGUCGCGAUGGAAGCCGUGUUCAGGAUUUCAAUGUCGGUCGCUUGGAUGAGGGUGAUGGUGAUGACAUUGAGAUGAUGGAUAUUUAG